AUGGCGAACGUGCCGAAGCGGCGGCGCCUCAGAAACCGCGGGGCUGGGACAGAGGAGGGGAACUGGGAGGUGAGGGUGCUGUCAGACCAACGUCGGCGACCCAGCCGACCCUCGGCGCCUCAGACGGCACUUCCGGGAAUGCCCUUCCUGGAGCCUCUUCUCUCUUCUCGCGAGAGAACGGCGCGGGACUCGUCCCGCCCCUUUCCUUCGUCCGCCCCCCGCCCAUCUCCAGAGGACCAUUCCGAGCCACGUGUGAGGGUACGCUCCGCCCACCUCCACAGGGCGGAGGCAAGGGGAGAUGCAUCCAGUGCUUCCGUUAAAUCCAAGAAGAGUCACGACAGACGUGGGGAGAGACAAUCAACAAGUAAAACAAACACCCGCAUCAACAACUCAAUUUCCUCUGCUUCCAGCAGUUAUGAUGGACAAUUGAAACCAAGUGUAAAAUCUUCACGCCAUGUUAAUAAAGCUGCUCGGGUUUCUGAUUCAAGGGAAAGAAGGGGUGAGUCGAAAACAAUUCUUAUUCCCAAAAUUGUUGUGACUCGAGCUUCCACCGAGACAGUUCAUAGUCUAUCACCAGAAGACGAUGUGCAAAAGACCAUAAAGGACCAGACUGACUACGGUCCCUACUACCGGCACAGGAGCCCCAGCACUGUGGAGGCAUACACUAAAAAUAAGCCUGACGGUCCAAAACAAAAACCAUUCCUGUAGUGAUCCUCUGAGAUGCCUUCUUUGGAAACUAGCUGAAACUUUUCUGCCUCUUCUCUGUCAAGUAACCUCCACCUCGCUUCUCCCAGUUCCACGGGCAGUUUGGAGGAGACCAGGAAUGACUCCUUAGAAAAUGAACUGGGAAGCUUUGUUAAAUAAACUCAAAUAAAUAAAUGAAUUUUGAAAAUUGA